UAUUCUUGACUCGCCUUUCCUUCCAUCGACUGUGUCAGACAUCGUUUGAAAAUUGCAAAUGGUUGCGUUGUAAACACAUGAUUGCACACGAAUGCGGCUCAUUGGACCACUUAUCUGUCAAAAGUAGUGAGAGUUGGCUGUAUUAGCAAUGCUCUAAAAAUUGCCUUUGAAAAAAAAUUCACUUUCUUCUAAUUGUUCGCGAUAGAAAUAUUUUUAUUAAAAACUCCAAAAAAAAAAUUUCUCUUUUUUUUCUCUCUUUUAUUUAUUCAGUUCUCUACCUAACCCUUAUUAUGUGAGUUAUAUGUGUUUUGUAAUUUGAACUGCGGUGAAAAAUAUGUGGCGAGAUCGAGGAUUUUUUUGUUACCUCAUUGUUGUCUCUUUUCUUCUAUCACCAUGCACUUCAGAAUGGAAGCCAAAGGCUUGCAACGCACAGGAGAUAAUAACAUCAUGUGGAGAAUUGGAGCGAUGUGUUAUGAGCUCAAAGCCAAACGGCACAUCUUGGUGUCAAUGUUUACGAGGCUAUGAAUUGCUGGAUGGAAAGUGUGUUCAAGUGCCAACCACAGAGAAGGUUCCCACCUCGACAACAAGGCCUGAGAACAAAUCAAGCUCCGGAGGCAGUUCAGUGGCCGCUGGCUUAAUAAUUCUAACGUUCCUCGUAAUUCUCGGAGCGUUCGUUUACAUUGGUGCUCGGCGAUACAAAUGGCUCCAGAGAUUCAGACAGUAUCGUCAAAAUCGCUACGGCAACGUUCUAGUAACAAGAGACGACACCGACGACGAUGAUCCUCCGAUUUCCUAAAUCAGGAAAAAUCACCUUCUCUAGAAAUAAAUUGCCUCGCACGCCUGCUAUCAGUGCCGACCAAAAAAAAAAAAAAUAGUCGCGACAACUAAUGAGCCACUUUGUCUCCUUAGUUCUCGCAAUUCGAUAACAAAAUUCGUCAUGAAUCUUUAGACAAUAUUGCAAAAUUGAAUUCUUUUUCUCGGCGUUUUUGAAUAAAUA